AUGGAAGGUGAAGAGCAACAAAAGUUCGAUAAGCUCGACUGGGCCGUGGAAGGCUGGUACGAGGCAAUCAAGGAGUUCACGUUCGAGACGCGCUUCGUAGAGCUGCCCCCGGCGGCCGUCCAGGCUCUCCUCCGCGCACACGACGCCCGCUCCGCUCAACGAACCCUCGAACCCGCCCACGCCACUGUGGAGGAGGCGAUUGAGGCCUUGGGCGGGGCUGCCUUUGUCCGCAUCUCGACGCUCAGCCCGAAGGACGCGGUCAAGUGGCAGUCGGAGAAGCUCAAGGGCCUUCUGGAGGCCGAGCUGGAGGGCGCCGCGGCGGGCGACGAGGACGCCGAGAUCAUCGCCAUCAACAUGGCCUGCUGCCUCGCCUGCCGCGUGACCAACGGGGCCGAAGCCAUGGACCUCCUCAUCCGCAGUGAUCGAGUGGAUCGCCAUCUGGCGACGCGAAGGGAAGAGGAAGGCGAUGAGCUGAGCGUGAACAUAGUCAUCAGGAAAUGGCUCGACUUUCGUCCCGAGCUCGAGUUCAGGUCCGAAUUCUCCAUAGGCUUCGUCUACGACCGACAACUCACUGCUGUCACGCACUACUACAAGUUUUGCUUUGUACGCGAGGCGGUGGAGAAGAAGGAGGCCAUCGCACAACAGAUCCGCAGCUUCUAUGAGGAGAAGCUGCGCGACACGAUCCCGGCCUCGACCUACGCCAUCGACUUCGCCCUUCUGCCUGACGGCCAGCUCAUCGUCGUCGAACUGAACCCGUUCGCCCCGAACACAAGCCCGGGACUGUUCGAUUGGACCAAGGACGAAGAUGUGCUCAAGGGCGUCAAGCCCUUCGAGUUCCGUCUUCUGGAGAAUCGCGUGGAGAACGCGAGGGAGCUGCUGGCUGCUCCGCUACGCUUUCUGCUCGACCUGGUCCGCCCUCGGGAGGCCGCUGACGAGAAGAAGGGCUCCGAGGAGGAGCCGGCAGCCAGGUCCAGGGACAAGAACGAAGUCCGCCGCUUCGCCAAAGAACGAAGCUAUGCUUUUUCCGAACUUUUUCUGGCCGAAGAAUUCAACGGCCGCGAGGGCAUCGCCCUCGGCCUGUCCCUCGACACUGCACCGACGCUCGAACUGAGGGCCAACAACGUCGUUGUCCACCGCCAGGCGCUCUCCGGCGCGACGGUGGCGAGCGCGCUUGGCCUCGAUGUCAUCACGGGCCUCGGCCCCGGCGGCGCCACCGUCGGCGCCAGCGAGAUCCCUACAUCAGCGAUGCCAACUCUCGCGGAUGUCGACUCCAAAAACAUGCUGGCCAGGCUGUGGCUGGCAGCCAAGGCGCGCCUGCAUCGCCGCGACGAGGCCAGGCCGUGGCAAGGAAUAGGCGGCGACCACCGCCCCGACGUGGGCAUUGGGCCGGCCGACGACUGCGACGAACACGGUUACUUCUACAAGUUGUUCAUGCACGAGGCCCGACUCGAUCCGCGCAUGUGGAGCCUCAUUUUUUAUGCAUCUGAAUGGAAGUGA